AUGGCUGACCUCGACGAUGUUGAACGCUUCUGCGUUUAUGAUGCCCCCAUGGCCCUCAACUCUGACUUCUUGUCAACGGAUGGCCUCGACCCUAGGACUGGCCGCUCCCGAAAUCGCCGGCAUUUUCGAAAAAUACGCAAGUCAAUAGUAGGGCCUAUACCUUUGUCCGUCUUCUUUGAGCGGGCAUUAGGCGGGGCGGCUUCGGACGACAGGAAUAUGCUGUUAUCCGCGACAAACGCGUUCAAUUCGGUGCCGUCCACGGCCAACACGCCGGAGGAGAUAUACGAGCCUUUGAUAAUUGCCCUCAACAAACAGACGAAGUACAAGUCUCGCUGUCCCGGUUUCGUCUUCGAGAACACCGCUCGGCGUAGCUCGCAUCCCAAACACCCCGGGUAUGCCAAACCCCAUAUAUCAUGCGUUAGCAGACGUAACGUCCAGAACGUGCGGCGGUUGGACCGUCACUCUCGCUCGGAACUCGGCUAUGCUGAGCUUAUCAUUCAAGUCACCCCCGACGCCACUCAUGACUUGUUUACCGACCCUCCGCCCGACCUCGAGGUGGAACAUCGCGGAUCCUUCGAUUGCGUCUCCGCAAAUGACGAUCAGCAAUUACAACAGGAGGUAGAAGACGCAUUCGGGCUUCACAUUGCUUUCAUAGUCGAGAUCUUCGCCCGUCAACAUCGCAACCACUGCCACUCGAUUUCCAUGGCUGGCUCGCGGGCCCGACUGUAUCGCUGGGACCGUGCUGGCUGCGUUGUUUCUGAAGCUUUCGACAUCCGACAACAUCCCGAGCCACUCUGCGAAUUCUUGUGGCGCUUUUCGCGAACAUCCGACUCUUUGCGCGGCCAUGACUGCACAGUCAUGCAGGCCACCUUGAAGGAGGAGGUACUCUUCAGAGAUGCCGUCAAGGAGUACGUUCGAUCCCAACUAGACAUUGAUGGAGAGGCUCUCGAUCGCGCAGUCAGUCAACAUUACUGCCCAGGGCGCGCCGCUCUGGUUAAGGUGCACCCUCACGGACAUCCCGUCUCGGAGACCAAUGUUUGGCUAUUCAUAAUCUCUCGUCCCGUGGUAUCGCCGCUCUCGCUCACCGGCCGAGGCACACGAGGUUAUUGGGCGGUCGAUUGCAUUACCUCUCAGGUAGUAUUCUUGAAGGACACCUGGCGGAUCGAAUCCAGUGGAGGCUUCGAAGGGGACUUGUUAGGCCAUCUGAACGACCUAGGGGUGCGUAAUGUGCCAGAAGUUGUGACAUACGGCGAUGUGCCAGACUACAUACCAAAAGAACGCCGCGAUGCCACAAUCUGGCAAACAACAUAUACUGCCGGGGAGGCGCUGAGGCGCUGGGCAUGUCGCAUUGCGGGCCAACCUAUCUCUGUGAGAGAUUUACAGCGCUAUCGUCUAGUCUUGGGCACCGUCGGAUACGGGAUAUCCACCAUCACGGGUACGGAAGAACUACUGCAUGCGACGUACGAUGCAUUCACAGCCAUGAGAGACGCACACGCGAAGGACUCGCGUAUCCACCGAGACAUCUCUGUCGGCAACAUCAUACUGGUCAAAGAGCCCGGCCAAGAAAUUCGCCGGGGAUAUCUUAUCGACUGGGAGGCGUCCAUCAGCGUCGAUUCCGCUGGGGAUGCUAUGCAACCGGGGCGGGCUGGGACGUGGCAUUUCAUGUCGUGGCGGAUGCUAGACAGAGUGCAUGCCAAUAGCAAGCAUACUUUCCUGGACGACAUGGAAGCCCUCGUCCAUCUGGUGCUAUACUGCGCACUGCUCUACUUACACCACUCCUUCGACAAGAAGGCUCUUUUGCAGACCCUCCACGAGUACUUCGAGCUCUCGUGCGGUGCUCCCCCAGGAACUGCUCAUGGGGGCGAUUUGAAGUAUACGACCGCUCACGACAGAGACCUCAUCAGGGCAGCUCAGUUCGGGAGCGCGUCGCUUUCGGAGUGGCUCACCACGAUGCUGGAAACUCAGUGCCCGCCCGAAUGGAAUACCGAGGGAUACAACUACGGGGAGCGCUGGACACCCGAAUGCAUUGACGCGUUCUGGUCUGAGUUUCUCAACACGCACACCCUGGAACACGACAAUCGUGAUGUCCACGACGUCACAAGGGAGCACCGCUACGACUUCGACGAGCUGUCUGUGACGCCGUCGACUGCACCCCCGACGCCGAGGAUAGCUCCAAAACGCAAGCGUCCCGCCGCCGAACGCAAGCGACCCGCAGGCGAGCCCGACCCGAAGCGCAGACAGUCUAUGCGUCUGCGCAAUGACGCCCCGCCCGGCGAGUCCCCGAUCAACGCCCAAUCCUCUUCAAAUGGCUCUCGUCGGAGUCAGCGUAUCAAGACUAUGCAAGAACGUGUCCAGGUACCUACAACUGCGCGCACAAUUGCCUCGAACCCUCGCCCAGGACCUCGACGAGCGGUGAAAAAUCGGGGGCGGGGUCGGCUGCGCGGAUGA